GCACAUCUUUAUGAGCUCAGUCUUUUUUUUUAGUGUUUUCUGAGAAUGCCAUUUUCUAGUUUCGUACUCGCAAGUUUUGUAUUUCGAGUUUGUCGUUCGCCCGCUCACACUUCUCUCUGCAUCGGUGCUAAACAAGACUCUAAAAUUAACAUACUCUGUCGAGUGUGCGCGUGUGUGUGUGCGUGUAAUAAAACAAAUCGCAACAAGAUAUAGUGCGCUUUGGCCGAGUGAAUUAAACAUAUACGCGCUGUAUAUAGAAUUUGUUCUCGGUACACAACUAUAAGUACAAAGACAAUUAAAUUAAAAACUUGAUCUAGUGUUGUAAUUUAAAGACACAAGUGAGAAUAAUGGCAAAAAAGAACAACGCCUGUUUUCCGGAAGAUUAUGGAGAUUUGCAACUAGAUGACUACUAUCAGUCGCUUUAUACUAAAAAUAAUGAAGAUAUCUUUAAGACUUCGUGCGCAGAGUCGUGCAAAAUUGACGAGAGUGUAGAUAUGUGGCUUGAAAAUGCCUCUUUAGCGCUUUCCCCGUCGAAUAAGGAGAUCAAUUAUUCGAAUGCAUUAAUAAACGAUAGAGAAGAUCCAUAUCUUGGAUAUCGUUAUAAAAAUGCUGAUGCUAUUCUAGCUGAAUUGUUUCAAAUGCCUCCUACAGAAGAGCCUUGUCGAUCAAUAGAACAAGAUAUGAGUUUUUGUCUCCAGGACUCAAAUAAAGAAAAUCAUGCAAAUAAUCAUUCGACAAUACAAGCGAUCAAUAAUUGUAAAAAUAUUUCAUCGAUAAUAGAUCAAAAAGAAAGACUGAAAAAUCCAGCGUAUGUAUCUCCCUCAAUAAGAAAAUCUGACAAAUUGGAAAGCAAUUCCCGCAGCAACAAUUUGGAUUCCGAUUCGGACGAAAGGAACGAGCAGUUCAAACGGGACGUCGAGAACGACCAUACUUAUUCAUCACCAAAUCCAUCUCCAUACAUCAUCUCGAAUACAGAUUCAUCGUUUUCAUCUCAAUCGGAUACUGACGUAGACAUCGAGUCCUACGCAGAGGUUUCAUUACGUAGAAAUCCACCGCAGGUGGAAAAGAGAUCACGUGGUAGACCACGAAAGUCUACGCACGGUGACUUUAACAAUAAAACGUUUUUGAAAGGGGCCAGAACCCAAUCUGCCCCAUGUUAUCCCCCUGUAAACAAUAUAUUUGCACCAAACGCUCAAUAUGAUAUUGACCAUAAGAAAAAAUUGCACAAUGAGAUGGAGCGAGGCCGAAGACAAGGCCUCAAAGAGCUCCUAGAUGAUCUCAAGUCUACGAUGCCGGAAUAUUUCAACGACAAAACAAAAUCUGGUAAAAACCCUUCCAAACGAGAGAUUCUUGAAACAUCCAUAAAAUGCAUUACUGACCUCCGCGAAGAAAAAAGUCGACUUCUAUCAGCAAAACAACUGUACGAAGAACAGAGAGACCAAUCGGAACAACAUUUGCAAUAUUGUAAAAAACGCUUAUCAGAAUACAAAUAAUUCUUUACUAAGGAAUAAUUCUUUAUCAACGUAAAGAAUAAGUGUCAAUGAGGUAUGAUGAAAACUGUUUAUUUACUAUAGCAAUUUUUCCAACCGUAUUUUUUCUAUGUUUUUUGUCAAUAGUCAAGUUAAACGGUCUAUUUAUGCAUUUUUCACAAUUUUCUCGAACAUAUUCCAUUUCUCGAUUAAAAACCAAAACAACAAAUUGACUUAUCAAUACGAUAUUCACGACAUUCAAAAAAUUGAUAUCUGAAAUAGUUUUGUCGAUCGGUCUCAUACUGCAAACCGUAAAUACCUUUUUACAUGUUCCUAACAAGUGCAAUAGCUAACAACAAUAGCAAAACACAUAACACACACACAUUCAAGUAGAAAAGAUUUACCACCCAUUUUAUAUAACAUAAUAGUUUUCAGUCUAGAAAUCGUUUGGUUUUAAUUGAUCAUAAGAUUGCAUGACUGUUCAAAUUUCUGUUUAUUGCGGUACAACGAAGACUCUGUUGUUGAAAUCAAUCUCAAUGAAAAAAAACACCACAUAAAAACAAAAAAACAAAAAAAAAA